AUGGCAGACCAGUUUAUCGGCCUAACUAUACUUCUCACUCUCAAUGACCAAGAUCAAACACGAGUCCGUGGUCUUGUAGCUGAAGUGCACGGGACGGAGCUGACACUCUCCAAUGUUGUGUUUGUGGAUUCAGGGUAUUCUAUCCCUAGUUACACCGUGAUCGGUCACCAAAUUAAAGACAUUGAAAUCAUGCCCCCUGAGCCCACACCUCAGUCGUAUGCCCCGCCGCCGCCGCUUCAUGCUCCUUUACCCCCGCAGCCGCUCGUUGUUCACAACCCGCCCGCGCCUCCCCCUCAAAUGUACCAAACAGGCAAUCAAAACCAAGCUCUUGCCCACCAUAACCAACCCUACUCUUACACAACCACAAUAGUUACCUCCACCACGCCCCAGGUUGUCGCCCCUUCCCAAUUCAUCGAUCCCGCGAUUCUCUCAAUCUCUCAGAAGCCGCCCGCACCAACCCAGACACCCCCGGUUGCCCACCAUGCACCCCAACAGCCUCAAGCUAGUUUCUCUACACCGCCGCGGAUAUCAGCAAGCAUCAUGCCGUCGAUCCCGCGACCUCCAAACCCAACUACAAAGCGCCAGGAUUCUUCCCACGGCUCCAACCUAAGCCUAAAUACGCUAGGAAUGCCAAACACCCAAAACGCGCACUCAUUUCCUACAAAUGCCCCUGCAGAACCUUCAAGAUCUAGUGCAGUGGGUAUACAAUCCCAAUCGCGCGCGCCAUCUUUAGUUUCGGCGGCCAUUAGUGCUCCAUUCGCCGAGCUGUCUAUCAAAGGUGAUGCUGCUGGUGAGUAUAACGCAUUUGAUGAAACCGAUGAUAACCUUAGCUCCGUGGCGAUGCCGCCAACCCCGGGUGUCCGCCAGAAGUUCCAAGGAAAGCGCUCACGCCGUGGAAAGUCGCAUUUAAAGAAGCAAUAUGAGCAACAUCAACUCUCUGAACCCAUGGCCCAGGAAGAUCGUGCACGUGAAAACUCUAUCGCUCCCGGUAUGUUUGGGGGCGCAAUCGCACAGGCGGCAAGUGCAAGCGCCAGUCAUUUUGUCCAGCCAGGAAUGGCGGGGAGGAAGAACAGACGCCAGAAGCGGAACAAUAAUAGGUAUGACGGCAAUACGACCAACGCUGAAGAGGAGGGGUGGGCCACAGAGGAUGUCAAUGACUACAAGGAGAGGGAGUUCGACUUUCAGGGUAAUCUAGAUAGAUUUGAUAAGAAAUCAGUUUUCAGCCAACUCAAGGCUGAAGACACAAUCGCUGAAGGAGACCGCCUGGUGUCAUUUAAUCGUCUUCCCCAACGCAAUCCUACAAGCAAGGGUUCUGCUACGGCCAAGAAGAACUACCAUCACACUGAAAAUGUUCUUGGCAAUUAUGCCAAUGGCCAGUCAUUAACCGAACGUGACGGCUGGGACUCGCCGGAAUUCAUUGCGGAAGAAUCCGAAUCCUCCGAGGAUUCGGAUCACCAUGCUAGAGGCCGGGGCGAUGGUGGGGCUGCGGAUAGUGGGAGAAGCAGUAGGCGGGCCAUGUCACGGCAAGAAUCCCGUCGCCGGACACGCCAGCUCACAAAUAACCCUACCGGGAUGCGCUCGUUUGAAAACCUACAAUAUGCGCAUUCCUCCAGCGGAGGCGGAGUGGGCCCCUCGGGCGCUGUUAAGCAUUCUAAAUCAGCUUUACGACUUGCCCCCGGCCAUAGGCCAUGCCCUGUAGUAAGCCCGUUGCAGAUGCUAGAUGUUGAAAGGAUCGCGGAGGUAGAGCUAUGCCUGACAGACGACAUGAUGACCGAGAACGCAGGCCGCGGGAUUGCGCAGGUGGCCAUCCAGGCGUUCGGCAAACGCAUCUCGGCCUCCAACCACAACUCUCUCCCUGUCGUGCUUGUUUUUGCAGGCAACCACAAAUCCGGCGCCCGCGCCAUUGCUGCGGGGCGGCACCUGAAGAACCACCACGUCCGCGUGAUGGUGUGUGUGCUCGGUCUCGAGAGGGAAGACGAGCUCCUCGAGAAUGUGCGCAGGCAGCUGAACAUCUUCCGUAACGCAGGCGGGCGCGUGGCGAGGUGGGAGGAGCUGGCGAGUAAUUUGAAGACGCUGGAUUCGCCGCCGGAGCUGAUUAUUGAUGGGCUUUUGGGCACGCAUCUGAGUAUUGAGGAUCUGCGGACGGAUCAGCAGGCGACGGCGUUUGAGUUGGUGCAGUUUGCGAAUAAGAGCAAGGCUAGCGUUCUUGCGGUUGAUAUUCCUAGUGGUGUUGAUGGUAGUACUGGUGAGGUUGCGCAGCUUGAAGAUACGGGCACGUUCCACAUGAAGGCCAAGUGGGUCGUGUGCAUGGGUGCCCCGAAGACUGGGCUUCUGAAUGCACUGGUCUCCGGCGUUGGGGCUGGAUGGAAUCUUUACGUCGCUGACAUUGGGAUUUCCAACACGGCGUGGAGGAAGUACGGGACCCGAAGGAGACAUGGGGUUGAAUUUGCCGCUGACUGGGUCGUUACCCUGGAGUAUCACGGCGCGUCAUGA